GAACCCAAAGAUCUAAGGGGAGCUUCAGGCUGUCAAAAGACUCCCAAUGGAUUCAUCUGAGGUUAACCCAACCUGGACCCUGGAGUCUCCUCAAACGUCCAUCGAUGAAAAUUCCCAGGCAACUCCAGUUGCCUCUCAACCUACGUCUGAGAUGCUAAUCAAGAACCUCAGUAACUUGACGCUCAACCCCAGUAACAAAUUGCCACUUAUUCUACCUCAACCUACUGGGCGGUUACUUGGUGAAAACAUACCCUACAGGCGAGGGGUGAGGACUGUGUUAACUGAUCGGAGAGAGAAGAUGGAACGGCUGAUUCAAUCUAUUAAAAAACGCUAUGGCAAAGGAGUUCCUCAGUCUGACUCUCAAAGAGAACCACAGCAGAAUGAUGCUGAGACUCGAUCAAGAGUGCAAAGAUUUAGAUGUAGCUGUCGUUUUUGCCGGUUUCAUAGAGAUCCUUCUGAGGAUAGCGAUGAGAAUUAUUACAAUAAUAAGUAUGAUAGUAAUUAUGACACGGAGUCGAAUGAGCCAUAA